AUGGAGCCGACCGAGCUGCAGUUGCGGGCCGGUUUUAGCUGGGAAACCGUCGAACGAGUCCAAAAGUCAAGGGAGAUUUUAAACGUGGUCGGUGUUUUGGAGGGUUUGACCGAUAAAUACAGCUUCGAGCCCGAACAUCUUACACCACGCAAGAAAGACCCAAAUCUAACUAUCGCGCGCAUGGCCGGGAAAGUCCAAACCUUCGAGAAACUGCAUUCGAUCUUUCUUCCUUCAAUCAGAGACCAGCUGACUUCUCUAGUGAAUUCGCUCGACCUGAUCGAUCCCAAGAAGAACCCACAAGUCGUCACUGAUCCAACUCUAGAGAUCUUAUCGAAUCUCGACAAGACAAUAGAGAGUACUGUAUCAGCCAUCGUCUCCCUCACUCUUGAAUCACAUCUACCGGACGAAAAGCAUGACUACGGCCUAGAAAAAUUGAAAGUCUUUCGAUGCUCUCAUCUACACGAGAAAACUCAGCUGGUGGUAGAAGGCUUUGUCUAUGAACAGUUAUUCCGGGAUGUAAUUACGAGCUUUAUCCAAUGGUGCGCUCUGGCAACUGUCAUGAACGAGGAUCAAGCGAUGUUAAAGGAGGGAUCUGAUUUGAGGCGAAGAAUCGAGAUCGCUGUAGCUUAUCCACAACGUAUACUCGAUGAAACGAUUAAUUGGUGCCGAAAAUCAGAUUGGGCUAUCGUCCAAGAAGGUUGGCUAGAAGCAUCCGAGUCAUGUGAUGAGGCCCUAGAGACAUUCAUCUGCCGAACUCGACCCACGAUCCAAUCCACCUCGGAAGCUGAUUCUACAAAUGAUAAUGACCAGAGAAACGACAACAGAGGGUUUAUAGUCGAAGUAGCGAAGUCUGCCAUACCGUUGAUCAAAUUGGCGAGAAUCCUGAUCAAGAAAACCUCAGGAAAGAUCUCGAAGAAACGACUAUUGGUAUUGGGUACUACACUAGAACUUAACUCGGAGACAAUGACACAGUUGUACCAAACCCCAGGGUCACAAUCAAUCUUCAGGCUCCAGGAUCUAGCCAACCUCAUAUACAUCUAUCAUCACACAACCAGAACAACCCCUGUCCCCCUUGAGAAGCGAACCCAAAUCCGACAAAUAGUCGAAAAAAUCCCAAGAGCAAUGGAAUCCACCUUGACUGUUCUGCAUUCUUGUCUGAUUCCCUUCCUGGCCCAAAUCGAAGAUCAAGAUUCACCCGAAACUCACUUGAAGUCUUUCCUUCCGAUCUUAAGACAAUCUUGGGAUACGGCUAGUGAUCAUUUGAUGGAUGUCAUCUUGUCCUUCGAAGUUGAGCAAAUGGCCAUUUGA